AUGGUCCAGUCACUUAGAGGUUCACCUUUCGGCGAGAGAUCUUUCGGUCAUGACUCUCAACGAUUCGAUCUACGACCCAAAGAUCUCAACCUUUCAUACAGUCAUGAGUCUCCUCAGCACCAACAUCCGACAGUCAAACUCACCAAACCAGCUGCUCCACGCGGUCCUAGAGUGAAUCAAAUUGGUUUCUGGGACAGGCCCGCGCAGUAUAUUGUUUCGCUCCGCGAUAUACCGAAGUUGAAUACGAAUAUGGCACAGAAUGAGAACAUCGCAGAAUCAAACAUGGCAGAAUAUACGAGGGAGGUCGUUCGACGGCCGUCAACCAGUAGCGAAACAUCGGAUCUGAGAAGUCCCUCGAACAAACCGUGGGACGACGAUGCGGAGGCAACGGCUUCUCCAGCGGCCAAUUCGGAAAACAUCUCUGGAUCAGCACAAAGUCAUAGCGAUUCGGCCGCCAAGGACGACGAUGUGUUCUCACAUUCUGGUGUUGGCCUGGGUAAAGUUAGCAGUGGCACCAAUGCAAUUCAAAACCGCUUCGCGAGAUUCAGCUCUACCUAUUAUCCCCGACCCCCCAAGCAGAGAGCCCCUUCAUGGAAAGCAGAUGCCUCAUCGCCGGAGGCAAAGAUCGAUCUCGGUGUCAAGCAAAUCAUCAAAUUUAUGCAAAGUGUUCAACACGGCACGGAUACUUUCGAUAGCGACAAGGCAUUCAAGCUCUUCAUCGACGCCAACAAAGAGAUAGUUCGAGCAUGGGGAGGGCUAGAGGAGAAUCUAAGAAGGAAACCUGCUGGAAUAACGCUUGGAGAGAAGGUGGAUUGUAUGCAUGCAAUCUUACUGAACCUCAGCAAAGAAGUCGCUGAAGGUGGUGGCUGGGUCCGAGGCGCUCUGGAGAUGAGCGAAUUAAGUCUGGAGUUUUGCAGGGAGUGGGAGAUCUUGAUGAACAAAGAUUUGGGUGCAAGAAAAUGGGCUUCAUCUAAUGCCACACGAAGAAAGCCCGUAGACAAUCAAUCUCUGGAGAGCGAUGAGAGUAUGGAGUAUAUUGCACCAGAAGAAAUACUUACUCCACAAAAGUUGGCCGAAGGAGACGACGAGACAAAGAAUAAUAUUAACCGAGUCGAAGUAGAGGAUGUCGAGCAUCUUGGUAUUGUUGAUGACUUGCUUCCUAUUGUUGAACCACACGCUUCCGGCGAAAUCGCGUCUUCUAGAAGCACUUCUAGUACGACUUCUAUUCGACAAUUUAAGUUAAAACCCAGAAUAAAAAACUCAAUCUCGAUCUCAUCAGAAAGGGUAAACAAGUUACCGUCAAGCGUUGAAGAAGAAUCUUCCAAACUACCCCCAGCGAUAAAUAUUGCUCACGAGCAAUACACACACAUCCUCAAACGACUCGACGACAUCGAAGCGUCAAUCAAACAAAACAAUCAUCAAGCCAUUCUCGAAGCCGUCGAGAUGCACGCCCUUAUUACGAAGGACAUACACGGUGCCGUAUAUGGCGAAAAUGCGGUUUCGCCUAAACAAGCCGCUGCCACACGUCUUGGUCUUUGGCAAUUGGCUGACGAUUCCGCCGACCAUCAUCGAGAGUAUGUGAGGAAGCUCUCCAAUGUUGAGGAAGCCGUCAAUGCCACGAGAGAUGAGACGGAAGAAUUAAGACGUGAGGUUGAGAAACUUCAUGCUGUUCGCGAGCAGACUGAGGAGAUCAACACCUACGCUCAAUCCUGGCUUAGUGAGGCAUGGGAUAAUGUCAUCGACGAGUUCUGGCCUCAUGGAGCACCAACUGACGAAGCAGUUGGCAAUCAAGCUGGUGGUGGAUGCACCAUGAUGAAGGGGGGAGGAUGCACCAUGAUGAAGGGGGGAGGAUGCACCGUAAUGCAGAGCGGCGGAUGCACUACAAUGCAGACCGGUGGAUGUACCACGAUGCAGACCGGUGGAUGUACCACGAUGCAGACUGGAGGAUGUACCACGAUGCAGAGCGGCGGAUGCACUACAAUGCAGAGCGGCGGAUGCACCGUGAUGCAGAACGGUGGAUGUACCACGAUGAAAGGCGGUGGACGCACUACUAUGAAGAAGGGAGGCGGCUGCACCGUCAUGUCUACUAAGCUUGACCAAGCUAAGAGUCAAGGUACAGAAACAGAUCUUCUCAAUCUGGCCGCGGAGGAAACUCAGGGACAGGAACCGGCUCUUGCAAUGUAA